UUUCCAGUCCAACAUCGAUAUCUACACAAACUUCCAGAGUCGAAGCUGAAAACACUCGAUACCGAGAAGACAUAAUUCAAGAUGCAUAUCCUCGUACGCCCCAUCAAGACCAAUUCCCCAAGUUAUCUAUUCUUCCCUGUGUUUCCUGCAUUCUAACUUUACCCAGGUAGUCAACGAUGACGGUCCUCCUUCACAACUCUCCUCCCCCUUCGUCCAUUCCCUCGUUGUCGCCCUCCAAAAUGUCGGUCACGUCGUUUCCGUCGUUCUUCCACACACCCAAAGAUCUUGGAUCGGAAAAGCCCACAUGGUAGGCCAAACUAUCAAACCAACGUACUUCCGCCCCGGCACAUUGCACCAGGACGACGGCACAACACACUCGAGACCGCUGCCCGCAGGCUCGGACCAAAAAGAGGAAUGGGUAUUGGUAGACGGCACACCGGCAUCCUGCGUACAAAUCGGCUUAUACCACUUCUUCAAAGACCGCGGACCAAUUGAUCUAGUAGUGUCCGGACCGAAUUUUGGGAGAAAUAGCACGGCGGUUUUCAGUCUGAGUUCUGGGACGCUGGGGGGUGCGCUGGAAGCGGCGAUAUGUAGGAGGAAGGCUAUUGCGCUUAGUUUUGCGUUCUUUUCCAUGGAGACCCCCAAGAAGCCAGAUUCGGCGAAGGAUCCGGAGAUUGUUGCUGCGGCGACGAGGCUUUCUACUAGGCUGAUACAGCAUUUGUAUGAUAAUUGGGGGAAGGAUGUGGAUGUUUAUUCGGUCAAUGUGCCGUUGGUGGAGGGCGUGGAGACGAGGAAGAUCAUGUGGACGAAUAUGUUGCAGAAUUAUUGGAGUGAUGGGAGUUGCUUCAAGGAGGUUGAGGAUGAGGAUGGAAAUGCGGAAGAGGAAGAGGAGAAGAUUAGAGAGGGGGAGUCGGGAGAUAAGGUUGAGGAGACGAAUGUUACACGCCAUACACAUAAACACUUCAAAUGGGCACCGCGAUUUACAGACGUCUAUAAAUCUGUUGAAGCAGCUGGUCCAGGGAAUGACGGAUGGGCUAUCAAAAAACACUACUCAAGGUCAGUGACAUCCCCAAUUUUUCUUGAAAAUGUAUACUAAUAACAUUCUUAGUGUAACACCUCUAAAGGCAAACUUUAUGCAUGCAGAUGCAGUAACCCAGGGAGAGUUGAAGCUGUGA